UCUACUUCUGUAUUUUCGCUGAAGGUAUUACAUUCCAUUACUUGGAAAAAAUACCUGUUUUGAACAUGGCCAGUCACAGUAUACAAGUGCGCUGCGGUAACAUAUCCGAUAAACAGCAAAGUGGGCGAGUAAUUCCUGGACCGUGUACGGCGAAAUGUGUGGUUACAAAUGAUACAUGGAAUUGUGUUAUGGUUGCAAUGUAUCUCGCAACAUUUAUGCUUAUAACUACUCUGGUGCGAUUGUUUAUAGCAAUCGCCACCACUGCUUUAAGCGAAGAUUUCAUCAUCCACGAUCUGCCGGAAACGUCCCAGAAGAAAGUAUAUAUCGCUUUGAUAAUCGCAAUGAUGUGCAUGGAGCCGCUCUAUUUCUUAUAUCCUAUAUGCGCUCAGAUCAAAAUAAUGCGGAUAUUUGUCCACUUGCGUAACUAUCGUCAAAGUUCUGCUGUACCUCCUAACAUCCAAAUUUUCACCAGAGCAACAGCUUACUGGUGGCAGACUUGUCGAUGUAUGUACUCCCUAGUCCGCAGGGCGAAAUUUGUGCCGAUUCUCAAUAUGAUUGUCAUUACUGUUUUCGUUUGUGCUGGAUUUAUGGCGGAGCUGCAGGACGGUCAAAGUUAUUUGAAUGCCCAUAAAAGGAUCUGCUUACCACUGAUGAUCGCAGAAGUGAUGAAUUUUGGCAUUGGCUUGUUCUGUCAACGGGAGGUAAAACGCCUGGAAUAUGCGAUACUGGAAAUGUGGUAUCAACAAAAGAAAAAGAAUUUUAUAGCAUGUACUGAUGACAAUUGGAAAAGCAUGGUGCAACUGCUUCGGUCAAACUUCCAUUCGCUCCCGAAAACCCAAAAGAUACGGUUAAACCCAGAGAUUUAGCGUACUUUCAGUAUCUGUGCAAAUGGUUUGUAGCUCUUUGUAGUACUUUUAUUUCUCGGAUUAAACCCACUUUCGGACGAUUGGAAUUUGGAAUAGCCGCGCUGUUUGUUCGUUUAUUGCAGUGUCAAUCCGAUAUAUA